AUGACUUCUCCUACUAAAGAAGUAAGUGAUCCAGGUGAUAGUGCUCUCAAAAAUUCUGAAAAUGAGGCUCCAAAUGACUGCAGUAUAGACAUAGAGCCUCCAUCUGUAGAUCCCAAUAUUAUCUCUCAGGUGGAGACAAACCCAACCAAUAGGGAACCAGGUCCAUCAACAACCCAGGAGGAUGUUGUUCCUCCAGAAGCAGAAAACAUUGACCUUGAGGUGGAUGAGAUUCAAAAAGACAUUGAAAAAGAAGAUAGAAAAGAAGAAGAGUCUCUUCUAAUUCAGAUACCCAUUCCUAGAAAAUGGAUUUUUCUUAUGUCAGGAUUAGAGAGAAUUACAUCUAUGAGUAUUCCAUUAGUAAAAAUUGAUAAAAGCAAUACAUUAGCUGAUAGAUCAAGAUUCUACUCAGGGAACAUGGAUAUAAAAGCAAGUGAUUUCCGUCAUAGUGGCAUAAAUUACAAAAUUCCUCUCCAACUUUCAAUUUCAUGGAGAAUCCCAUUCAUUAAUAAUUAUGAGAUAAGAAGAAUGAUUCUUCGUCUUCUCUGUGGGAGACACUUCUCUCAGGCUACAGUUCGUCCAAAUACCUUGUGGGUAAAGCAAAAAUAUAUAGCAUUUCUUCCUCGCCCAAAUGUCCUCAUCCAUGGUGAGAGAGCAAUAAUAUUCGGAAGGCCUUUAAGGGUAUACUACUACCGUCCCCUCCUUGAAAGAAUGACAUCAGGAAAAUUUUACAAAUCAAUGGAUACCAAAUGGAAGGAUGGGUUUCACAUUUUUGUGAGGCCUGUAUUCUAUGUUCCUCGGACCCAAAUUCAAAACACAUUCAAUAGAAAAGCUUUUGAAGAUCAUUUAAGAUCUCACCAUAACAUGAGAGUUGUGAUCAUAAGCACCAAUAGUGGUUGGAAAUACCUGUGUCCCAUAUGCGGGAGUAGUUUCAACAAUUUUGUUGAAUUUAGACAGCAUUCAUGCAACUUUCUUGGGAAUUAA